AGCGUGGCAGGGGCUGGACCAGGGAAGCGGAGGAGGCGGGUCUCCAUAGAAACCUCCACCUGUUUCCGGCCAGGCCGAGMGAGAUUAGGGGCUGCUGCGGGGGCCAAUCUCAGCCAGCUCGCUUCUUCCCAGCGGCCUCUGCGGGAGCGGUGGGUGUUGUACACAAUCAUCAUGGCGGCGGCCGGAGCCCCGGAUGGCAUGGAGGAGCCUGGCAUGGACACGGAGGCCGAGACCGUGGCCACCGAGGCGCCCGCGCKGCCCCUCAACUGCAUGGAGGCCGAGGCCGCGGCGGGGGCGGCGGCGGCCGAGGAUUCCUGCGACGCGCGAGGCAGUCUGCAGCCGGCCCCGGCCCAGCCCCCUGGGGACCCCGUGGCGCAGGCCUCGGUCAGCAACGGCGAGGACGCGGGUGGCGGCGCGGGCAGGGAGCUGGUGGACCUGAAGAUCAUCUGGAACAAGACCAAGCACGACSUGAGGGUGCCUCUGGACAGCACGGGCUCCGAGCUGAAGCAGAAGAUCCACUCGAUCACAGGUCUCCCGCCUGCCAUGCAGAAGGUCAUGUAUAAGGGACUUGUCCCUGAAGAUAAGACGUUGAGAGAAAUAAAAGUGACCAGUGGAGCCAAGAUCAUGGUGGUUGGCUCUACGAUAAAUGAUGUCUUAGCAGUAAACACACCCAAAGAUGCCGCACAGCAGGACGCCAAGGCCGAAGAGAACAAGAAGGAGCCUCUCUGUAGGCAGAAACAACACAGGAAAGUGCUGGAUAAAGGGAAACCUGAAGACGUCAUGCCGUCUGUCAAGGGGGCCCAGGAGCGCCUGCCAACGGUACCCUUGUCCGGCAUGUAUAACAAGUCUGGAGGAAAAGUGAGACUCACCUUUAAGCUCGAACAAGACCAGCUGUGGAUUGGCACUAAAGAGCGAACUGAGAAACUGCCCAUGGGCUCCAUUAAAAAUGUGGUCAGUGAACCUAUUGAAGGACACGAGGACUACCACAUGAUGGCGUUUCAGUUGGGCCCCACRGAAGCCUCUUACUACUGGGUGUACUGGGUUCCAACUCAAUAUGUGGAUGCAAUCAAAGACACUGUGCUGGGCAAAUGGCAGUAUUUUUGAAAGCACUUUCACCUCUGGCCCAGGAGACUGACCCAAAGUGAAGGACAUUGCCGGAGAGGCCUGCAGCAGCCCUGGAUUUCAGAGUUCUGGAACUUUGUUCACACACACAAAUCUCGAUUCAAUCGGAGGUGAUGUGGUGACUGAAGCCAGAGGUGAUGUACUUUCACCAUUAGCUUAAUUUUAACUUAAAAUCACCGAAUCCCUUUCUUGCAGUCAGCUUCAUACCAUUUUUAAAGUCAGUAUGGUGGAAAUCAAUAAAUCUGAAUUCCGAA